CCAAACCCCGCGCUAGGCUCCUCCCCGUUUGGGCGCAUCGAAAGCGGUCAAACGAGAAAGAAAAAAAAAAUUGCGAGCUGGACGGGCAUUUUGGAUCAACUGGCCAGUGCUCCGUGCAUCGUCCCUCGUUUGCGCCCUUACCCCAACCCACACCACCCAUCCUGCGCAAGAUUCGUCUGUCGCGUCAACUCGGCCAUCCAUCACCACCCACCCCAGUAGGAGUUGCAGGUGUUCAAUCCGCCCUUACCCAUCGAUUCUCAUCUUUUUGACCACCUUUACCUUCAAACCCGUCGUCCUACCAUCCCCCCUCUCUUCGUUUGCCCCUCCCACCACACACACCACAUCAGUCGCCCACAAUGUCUUUCGCGUCGCAACAAAACAACAAUGCGGCUCAGAGCGAGGGUCGCCGCAUCUACAUUGGCAACCUGAACUACGAGCUUCAAUCUUCUGACGUCGAAGGCAUGCUCCAGCAGUCAGGCUUCCCCAACUACGAGGCCGUCAAGAUCCCUGUCGACCCUGGUAGCCAGCGCAACCGCGGCUACUGCUUCGUCGACUUCACAACCGCCGAUGAGGCCCAGCGCUCCCUCUCGGAGCUGCAAGCCGUCAUUGGCGGCCGCGAGAUCAAGGUGCGCCCCUGCGAGCCGAAGCAACAGGGUGGCGGCGGUGGCUUCAACGGUGGCGGCGGCUUCAACGGCGGCUAUCAGCAGAAUGCUGGAGGCUACAACGGCGGCUACCAGAAUGCUGGUGGCUACAACGGUGGCUACCAGCAGAACUCUGGUGGCUUCAAUGGCGGCGGCUACCAGAACAACUCUUACGGCCAGCAGCAGAGGUAUGGUGGUGGCGGCGGCUACCAGGACAAUCGUGACGUGCGCAAGCUCUACGUCGGUGGCCUGGGCCCCCAGCCCGAGCAGGAGCAAAAUGAGCAGGAGGUUAUGCAGAUCUUCCAAGGAUUUACCCCUUCAUCGAUCAGCAAACGUCUCGAGAGCAACCGUGCCAACGCCGAUGGUCAGCAGAACAAUUACUACUUCUGCUUCGUCGAGUUCGAGACCCCAGAGGAGGCCAACGCUGCCAAGGACCAACUUGACGGCCGCGUCUACGGUGCUGAGGGUAACCAGCUUCGUGUCAGCUUCGCCAAGCCCAGCCGAUCCCAGGGUCAGGGCGGCCAGCAGCAGCAACGUUGGCCCAGGCAGCAGCAGCAGGGCGGCGGCGGCGGCUUCGGAAACCAGGGCAACUGGCGCCAGUAGUACUACCCCGCCUAAAGCCUUCCAUUUUUGAUCCUAUCUCCUUGUCUCUCUUGUCUGGGGAUCUUCAAUUUUAUUCUUCGCUGGUUUGUUUUGGUUUGGUUGUGAGCAACGUCAACGAAACGUCACGAGAUAUGCCCGGGCCGAUGAAGGAAACAAAGGGAACAGGGACCGGGGAAAAGAGCCUUUUUCUUACACUGCUUUUUCUGCGCGCGGCUCAGUGCAUGAUUUGCCUGGCCUUAAGGGAAUGUUGGGACACGGCUUAAUGUCAAGCCGUCAGAUUUUCUACUCAAAAGCCUGAGGCUUUCUUUUCCUUGUUAUCUUCGUCUUCACUUUACAUGAAUUUCACCCGUUGCCGAUGUUCGGCAUGCUUGUCGAAUGGUAUGAGAGGAGGCAACCCCACGUCCCAAGAUCUGGCUCUUGAGAAAUCUGGUUCAUAGUCAGUACAUGCUUGGCAUUGCAGUUCGCCGGAUCAUAUGUUGCA